GUAUUUAGCAGAAAUCACAUCCAUCUUCUUCUUGGCUGAAAGUUGUGUAGCAAUGGCUGCUGGUUGGGUUGCUUUUUUGCUUUUUUCUUUCUCUAUUUUUUUCACUGUUUCAGGCCGUCGAGGCUGCAAUCUCUAUGAAGGAAGUUGGGUAAUCGAUGAUUCCUACCCUCUUUAUAAUGAUUCUGUUUGUCCCUUCAUCAAAGGCGGAUUCGAUUGUCAGGGAAACGGCAGACCUGAUAAGGGUUAUCUCAAGUAUAGAUGGAAACCUACUGCCUGUGAACUCCCCAGGUUCGAUGGCAAGGACUUCUUGGAGAGAUAUAGGGGGAAGAAGAUAUUGUUCGUAGGGGAUUCCCUAAGCAACAACAUGUGGGUGUCAUUGACUUGCAUGCUACACUCAGGGUUCCCAAAUUCUCAGUACACUAUUUCCUCAAAAGGGCAACUCAAAAUAUUCUCGUUUCCGGAAUAUGGGCUAACAGUUUCGUGGUUGAAAAAUGGUUUCCUGGUAGAUGUUGUAACUGAAAAGAUUGGCAGAGUCUUGAAACUUGAUUCAAUCAGUACAGGGGAUCAGUGGCUUGGAACGGACAUGCUUAUCUUUAACACCUACCAUUGGUGGACUCACACCGGACGCAUUCAAACAUGGGAUUAUUUUCAAGUUGGAAACAAGACAGUGAAGGAAAUGGAUCGUUUGGAGGCAUUAAGGAUAGCCUUGACAACCUGGGCAAAAUGGGUCGAUCAGCACAUUGAUCCUUUAAAGACUACAGUUUUUUACCAAGGAGUUGCAGCUGUUCAUCAAAAUUCAAAGGAGUGGAAGGAUCCGAGGGGUGGGGAUUGCAGAGGACAAACAGAGCCGGUAAAGGGAUCGAAGUAUCCUGGCCCUAGUCAUCCUGGGGAAGCCGUUGUGAAGAGUGUAAUCAAAACCAUGGCCAAGCCUGUUUAUCUACUUGACAUUACGUUGUUAACACAGCUAAGGAAAGAUGGCCAUCCUUCCAUCUACACAGGUGGAGGUCCAAAGUUUAACGACUGCAGCCAUUGGUGCCUAGCCGGUGCUCCAGAUACCUGGAAUGAGCUCUUAUAUGCUACACUGAUUUAGAUCUUCAUAUAUAUUUUUUCUUUGAUUUUCACUUUGCUAGAAUAAACUCAAAAAAACUAA